UUCCCCUCAUCCUCGUUCUUUCGCCUCCGAGUCUCACCGGUUUCUCCUCCGUCCUCGGCGAAACCCAUCGAGAAGCAGAGCUUUGCGUUCAAAGAUACAGAGGUUUCAUCUCUCUCUCUCUCUCUCUCCAUGGAUAACCACAGCAAGCCGCACCACCCAUAUCCUGACGAUCAUCAAACCCCCUACCAAUACCCACCGCCUCGCCAGCUCCUACCUUCGAACUCUUUCUCCCAUCCGUCGCCCGUAUCAUCGCCCCAAUCCCUCGACCACUCUGGCCCGUUGCGUCACCCCCUGCCGCCGCCCUAUUCCCUUUACUACGCCCCUCUCUAUCCUCCGGUCACGAUGCCGCCUUAUCCUCUGGCCACAGCUUCGCUUCAUGAUCCAUACUUCAGUCCCCACGCCAAUCAUCAAUCUCCUCACGCCUACCCACACCCAGUUUCCUUCGGUCCCAAUUCCCCCAGCUUCCAUCACCACCACUACCACUACCAUCACCACCACGUCCCGGCCCCGGUCACCGGGCUUCCAUUGCGCUCCAAUAGCUUCUCCACCGACGAGCCGUCUCAACAUCCCGCCCUUUCUGCUCAAUCCUCCAUGCCCUCCUCGUCCUUGGCGGCUAACCCGCUGGCGGACGUUCUUGAGAAAAUCCGCGUCCCCGAUCGGUGUUCCGACGCCUCUCCACUCGCCGCAUCGCAGCAGCAUCUGAUGGUACACGGUCACCUGACCAAUACCUUCCAUGGGAGCUUCUCCUCGCCGCACUCCACCCCUCCCGGGAGCCCCUUCGGCAGUUCGUAUCACGGGGCGAGCUUUGGCCGCGGCGUCUCGCUGAUCGUGCCAUAUGCUCGGUCGCAAAAAGGCCAGGCGUCCCUCAAAGUGCUGCUCCUCCAUGGGAGCCUCGAUGUGUGGGUGUGCGAGGCGCGGUACCUCCCCAACAAGGACCAGUUCUCCAAGACCUUGGGGGACAUGAUCGGCCCACGGCUGUCUAAAACCUUGAGCGGCAAAAUGCGGAACUUAUCGUCGAUGACCAGCGACCCCUAUGUCAACAUUAUGGUGUGCGGUGCAACGAUCGGCAGAACGUACGUGUUGAAUAACACCGAGAACCCUGUUUGGAUGCAGCAUUUUAAUCUUGCUGUAGCACACCAUACCGCUGAGAUUAGGUUCUUGGUCAAAGACAAUGACAUUGUCGGAGCACAGCUCAUUGGUACUGUUUCGAUCCCGGCUGAAUGGAUUUACUCUGGUGAGAGGGUGGAAGGUGUCUACCCAAUUCUUGAUUCAAAUGGGAAGCAAUGCAAGCCAGGAGCUGUCCUGAGGUUAUUGAUACAGUAUUUUCCAGUGGGGAGGCUUAGCAUGUACCAUCAUGGAAUUAGUGCUGGCCCUGAGUACUGUGGGGUGCCAGGUACCUAUUUUCCUCUCAGGAAAGCCGGGAAGGUUACACUUUAUCAGGAUGCUCAUGUUCCUGAUGGUUGCCUCCCCGAGUUGAAGCUUGAAAAUGGGCAGAAUUAUGUUCACGGGAAAUGUUGGCAUGACAUUUUUGAUGCAAUAAGCCAGGCUCAUCGUUUGAUUUACAUCAUCGGUUGGUCAGUUUUCCACAUGGUCCGUCUAGUAAGGGAUACUGGUUAUGGCUCAUCUCCAAAUAUUGGAGAUCUAUUGAAAUCCAAGUCUCAGGAAGGUGUGAGAGUGUUACUUCUUCUGUGGGAUGAUCCAACUUCAAGGAGUAUUUUGGGCAUUCGUACAAAUGGUGUCAUGGGGACACAUGAUGAGGAGACUCGCCAUUUUUUCAAACACUCUUCAGUGCAAGUGUUGCUUUGUCCUCGUUCUGCUGGAAAGCGGCACAGUUUUGUGAAACAACAGGAAACAGGAACCAUAUAUACUCACCACCAGAAACAAGUGAUUGUGGACACUGAUGCUGGUAAUAAUAAAAGAAAAAUUACAGCAUUUCUUGGAGGGAUCGAUUUAUGUGGUGGCCGAUAUGACAAUCCAGAACAUCCUUUAUUUAAGACGCUACAAUCCUUGCAUAAGGAUGACUAUUACAAUCCUACAUUUUUGGAUUCUGAUAACAGUGGUCCAAGACAACCAUGGCAUGAUUUGCAUGCAAGAAUUGAUGGUCCAGCUGCAUAUGAUGUUCUGAUAAAUUUUGAGGAGCGUUGGUUAAAAGCUUCUAAACGCUAUAGAAUAAAAAAUUUGAAGAAGUUGUCUGAAGAUGCCUUGCUGAAGAUUGAAAGAAUACCACAUAUCAUUGGGGUUAAUGAUUCAAUGUAUCUGAAUGAUAACGAUCCAGAGACUUGGCAUGCCCAGGUUUUCCGUUCAAUUGAUUCUAAUUCUGCGAAAGGUUUUCCUAAAGAUCCAAGAGAAGCUACUCGCAAGAACCUCGUUUGUGGGAAAAACAUUCUUAUCGACAUGAGUAUACAUACAGCUUAUGUAAAUGCCAUCCGAGCUGCGCAACACUUCAUUUACAUUGAGAAUCAAUACUUCCUGGGCUCAUCAUUUAAUUGGGAUUCACAUGAAGACUUGGGUGCUAAUAAUCUGAUACCUAUUGAAAUUGCUCUUAAAAUUGCAAACAAAAUUAAGGCAAAUGAGAGGUUCUCUGCGUAUAUAGUUGUUCCCAUGUGGCCUGAGGGUGGUCCAACCAGUGCUCCUAUUCAGCGAAUUCUCUACUGGCAGAAGAAAACUAUGCAAAUGAUGUAUGAAACAGUCUAUACAGCUUUGAAAGAAGUUGGUCUUGACGAUACUUAUGAGCCACAAGACUAUUUGAAUUUCUUUUGCCUUGGCAAUCGUGAGGCUCCAGACUUAGCUAUCACAAGUCAGAAUGCAACAGCAAACACUCCUCAUGCACGUGCCAAGAAGAAUCGACGCUUCAUGAUCUAUGUACACUCAAAAGGCAUGAUAGUGGAUGAUGAAUAUGUGAUAUUGGGUUCAGCAAAUAUCAAUCAAAGGUCCUUGGAAGGUACCAGGGAUACAGAGAUUGCAAUAGGCGCAUACCAGCCACAAUAUACAUGGGCAAGAAAAUUAUCUGGUCCUCGUGGAGAGAUCUAUGGUUAUAGAAUGUCACUGUGGGCUGAACACAUUGGAUUUCUCGAGGAAUGUUUUACACAACCAGAAAGCCUUGAAUGCAUGAGACGUGUCCGUGAUCUUGGUAAACAGAAUUGGAAACAGUAUGUGGCUGAUGAGAUUACUGAAAUGAAAAGUCACUUGUUGAAAUACCCAGUGUUUGUCGACAGGAAGGGCAGAGUGAAGCCUCUCCCUGGAUGUGAGACGUUCCCAGAUAUUGGUGGCAACAUAUGUGGAUCAUUUCUUGGUUUUCAAGAGAAUAUCACCAUUUAAGUGCUCCAACACAAUAUCACUCUUGACCUCUUCUGGCACAUCUCAGCAAUUGGCCUCCGUUGCUUUUGUAGAUUGCAUAGACAGCAGAAUUCUACACUGAGCAAAUGUAACUUUGGCUUCAUUCAGAUGGAAAUAGCAUUUGCAUUCACAUCGAUCUCACCUGUGCAAUGUCACCAAGGGAAUGGAUCAAGAUAGGUCUCGGCUACUAUUUGGGUGUUAUCCAUACAAGAGAAGAUUGCUUUCUUGCUUACAAAAUUUUCUGCGAUACUAAUCCAUUUAUUUUAGUAGAUAGAAUGAUCGAGUCCACAGAGAUUCCACUAGCGUAGGGCCUUCCCAUGUUACUCCUGGAAGUAGAGAUGCUAUUCUCGUGUGAUUGCUAAAGACCCAAAGGUGCAGUGUAUUUAUGAUGCCAAGUUCUUCUUCAAUAAGCUUAUUCUGGUGUUUAAUGUAAAUCUAUGUAUGAUUCGGAGCAUUGUCAAUUCCAAAUGUACAUGUAUGUAUCCUUUUGAUGCAUAUUCCUGUGUAUGUAUUUUAUCAAAAGAGUUACACAAGCAUUUGAAUCUGGAACUUUAUG